GAUGUCAUGAACCUCCCAUCCCAUUCGUGUGGAUUCCAUAGUAAUGUUUCAAGGUUAAAGCUCACCUUCAUUUUUAUUUUUGCAUUCGCUUAGGAAACCACCAUUUCAUUAUGCAGGUGAAAAGAACUGAAAAACAAACUACAUUUCUUUAUCGCGGAAAACCUUUCAACUUUUUGCGAGUGAGGCAAAAAGGGAGGCGAGGAUCCAAGUUCCGAUUUUGUAUGGUUUCUGCAAAGUCGUGGGAAGGUACCGAUGCUGAGAGGAUGUUGGUGGAUAUUGCUUCAAUGGGAUGAAAUAAUAAAACCCGUACUGUUACAGUAUAUUUCAAGAUGAAAUCCGUAAUCACCUUCACCUUGUGAGAGGGGGUCUGAGGGAAUGGAUCGCCCAAACAACUUCAAGCCAACAUCCACGAAUUACGCAUACCAUGGAUAUAACCAUUCCAACGGAUCUUACCCACCCCAUCUUGCUGAAAAACACAAUGAUUUUAUUUACCAAGCAUGUCUGGCUGUCAUUCUCUGCACUAUAACUUUGGCCACAACAUUAGCAAAUGCCUUUGUCAUUGCAACUAUUUCGCAGUCGCGGAAGCUGCACACACCGGCAAACUUUCUCAUCGCAUCUUUAGCGGUGACGGACCUCUUGGUAUCCAUCCUAGUGAUGCCUAUAUGCGCACUGUACACUGUAAGCCAGACUUGGACUCUUGGUCAAAUCAUCUGCGACAUAUGGUUGUCCUCGGACAUCACAUGCUGCACGGCAUCUAUCCUGCACCUGUGCGUAAUAGCGCUGGAUCGCUAUUGGGCUAUUACGGACGCGAUUGGGUAUGCCAAAAGGCGCACGCAGGCGAGGGCAGCGGGGAUGGUCGCCACCGCCUGGAUCAUCGCCGUAUCCAUUUCACUUCCACCUUUCUUCUGGCGUCCAGCUAACGACGACUUGACUAGUUGCACUGUGAACACUGAUAACAUGCUUUACACAAUUUACUCCACGUUUGGGGCGUUUUACAUCCCCACGCUGCUGCUCAUCGCGCUUUACGGAAGGAUAUAUGUCGAGGCUCGGAAGAGGAUACUUAAAAGGUCACCAAAAGUUGGCAAGAGACUAACCUCAGCACAACUGGUGACUAACUCCCCGGGAUCUGUUGCCUCUACAACUCCGUUACACCGGAACGAGGCGGAGAUGAAUGAUUUGAGCCAGGUUCAAGUGACUCUUUCCGAUGCGCUUCUGGAGAAGAAGAGAAUCUCCGCUGCCAGAGAGCGCAAAGCUACUAAAACAUUGGGUAUCAUUUUAGGGGCUUACAUUGUGUGUUGGUUGCCGUUUUUCGUCUAUACGCUGGUUGUUCCACUGUGUGAAUCCUGCUUUUAUCCAGAGCUCUUUGAUUUUUUCACUUGGCUUGGCUACCUCAACUCACUCAUCAACCCAAUAAUCUACACAAUGUCCAAUGAGGACUUCAAAAAGGCUUUCCACAAACUUUUACGUUUUAGAUGUUGCUUGUCUUAAAUAAUGAUAACGAAUAAUAUCCCUGUUUGAAUCAGUCUGCCAGAAAGUAUUUGUCACACACAGCCCUGUGAAUAGGAAUUUGACAUUCUUUCACAAUCAGUGUGAUAACAAUGCGGUUGAUAUUAUUCAUCAUGUGUCCCAAUUUCAGUUGCCAAGAUAAAUGUUAAUUGUUUGCUGUGCCUCAACUAUUUGAAAAAUCUGUAGCUUAUCAUGAGUGUAUGACAGUAUGAGCAUAUUUGCUCGAAUUUGUUUUGAAAGAGUCUUAACUAUGGACAUUGUUCAGAGAUAAAGUCACAUAUUGAGUCAAACUGAGAUCGUAUUUGCUCUUUGAUAGCAAGGUCUUGGCAAUAUUUGGAGAGCGAACAUGCACCUAUGCAGUUUCCACAUGCUGUGUAAACAGUCCCCAUGCACCAUUGAGCUACACUGAACAAUGUGAUUUUUGUGACGACAGAGCAUUGUUUCUGCAAGGUUCUGAGUUACCUGCUUAGACUUGGUGCAUGCAGAUGUGUGACAGACAGACUAGUAACUUAUAACAUACCAUGUGUGAGAAUACUAUUACUUUACUCCAAAGGCAGUGGUGUAGUCUACGUAGAACACAGGUUUAUGCAGUAUACCCAGUUCAAAAUUUCAGGGAUUUAAGUAUACCCACCUAAAAUUGAUGUAUCCAUUAUUUAGAAUAGCAAAAAUAUAUACAGUAUACCCACCUCAGAAAAUGCUCAAAUAUACAGUAUACCCACCACAAAAAAGUAGACUACGCCACUGUCCAAAGGGAUGGUAAGUGUGCACAGUGCACACUCCUCAGUGUCAGUGUCAGAUAUCAUGAUGUCCAAAAUAUAUGAUAAAGGAGAGGUGAGGUGGGUCUCAUUAUAGUUUUUGCUUUUUACAUUGCCUCUUGUCAGCCAACCAAUCAUUUUGUCAUUGCCGGAAAAAAAAGCUGUGGGAUGUCACUAUUGGAGGAGUUGUACCAAUAAUAAUGUAGCCUACACAGUGUCAUACAGAGGUGUGUGGGUUGGAAAUAAUAAAUACUGGUGGCAAUGUUACAUCAUUAUCAUGAACACUGUUUGUAAUACAGCCAAUAAAAG